AUGUGGAGUUCGAAUUGUAGACAAGACAAAGAAAUAUGGUUUGCUGAUAUGAUAGGAUAUAAAAAAGAAUAUGAAAUACACGGAAGAAUAAUGUAUGAUAAAAAAAGUAUAAAUUAUUCCAUAUCUAUUCCAGGUAAACAUAAAAAUUGUAAGAAAAAAAUAUAUUUUAUGGUUGGAUCUGGUAUUACAAAAGGCGCAUUACGACAUUUUAAACAUAAAUGUAUUGCAUUUUUUAAAGUUGAUAGAAGGAAUAAUCUCUUAAAAUCGAUUUAUAAUCCAUAUCCAGAAUUAGAAAGAUUAUUUUAUUGA